CUCAGUUCCGACCGCGACUUCAAUCGCAACGAGUUGUUUUUACGCAACGUUGCCCGUAACGUUACUUCUUCGGUAGUUCCAGGCGUAACCGUCGAAGAUUGAGAUGAUGAGAUGAGCAUUCUCCAGUAUGGUAUUGAGUGAGCUUGUGUCGGUGGCUCUCAAGAGAAAUCCAGCAACAAUCUUUAAAAUUCAAUGGAGAGGUUCAAAGUUUGGCCAAGCUGUAGGAGUGAUCUUGUACUUGGUGUUUACCUCAACGGUCUCAGAUGCUGAUGAAGAGUUGGGUCUACAUUCAUCAGGGACAAGAGACCCACUUUCAUUGGCCUACAAGGGGUUACUUGCUGAUGCUGAAGUGAUUAAUCCUAUGGGAGACAACAUGAUUCAGAAGUACUGUAACAUUCAAGUGAAGGCCUUGGAAGGAUUUCUGCAAAGUCCAGGCUAUCCUGAUUACUACCCAAAGACUGAGAAUUGUACAUGGAAAGUACCUGUGAGGAGUGGACAGGAAGUGGCAUUGACUUUGCUUGAUGUUGAUUUAAAAGUUCCUGAUGUCUUUUCUGGAGCUCAGACAUGCAAUGACAGCUUGAAGAUUAUGAAUGGUUCUCAAGUCCUUCGCUCCAUUUGUGGGGGAGUAGUCUCUUCAACUACUAUCAACAUCAGUGCUGUAGAUGUGCGUGUUACUCUCUACAGUGGUGGAUUUCAGCCCAAGAGAGGAGUCUUCAUUUCAUAUAAAGUGUAUCACUGUGGAGAUCUGGAAACUCCUCAUAGAGCUUCAAUGGCCAAUUCAACUCCUAGUGUGUUCAUUUUCUCUUGUGAGGAUGGAUAUCUCUAUCAAGACACUCUUUUGCAAUCAAGAGUUUUACAGUGCCUGCAGAAUGUGUGGAAUGAUACUCUUCCUGCUGCCUGUGUCUCUAUAAACCAGCUAUUGGAUUCAGGGAAUCAGAGUGUGCUUGAUGUACUCCAUGCUUUCAUCAAGAGGAGGCGGAGCAUGUCCAUCUGGGAGUUUCUCUCUGGACGAAUGUCUGAUAUUGUGCUUCCACUGGUCAUCGUACUCAUCUUGAUCAUUGGAAAUGCAGUUUUCCUGCUUUAUUUGUUCCAUCUCAGACACAGGAAUCUCAAUCGACGAGGUGUGCCAGCUCUUCUUCUGGAAGAUACAGAAGAUGAGAGAAAACCUGAGGGAACAUUGUCUUAAUCCCCUUUUUUCUACAUUUGUCAUUUUCCCUCUUGGCAAUGCUUCCUUGAGGGCCUUGUUGCUGCAGUUGAAAUUGUCUGGAUUUCAAGCCCCAUUGACCAUUUUUCUGUUCUUACAACCACAACAGUUGCUUUUUUUUUAACUCUUCCCCUUGAUGCCUUUGUUGACAUGCUGGGAGUUUCUUAUAUCUAGUCCUACUGCAGGUGUGAUAGAAAAACCUCAUAUGUUCUAGUCAUCUGGAUAUUCACAGUAUGGCUGUUUUUCAAAGGCUUAAGCAUGGUACAAAGCAAAGUUUGAUUGCAUGAAAUGUCUAAUUUCCAGAGAGGUACAAAGAUAUGUAUGGUAUAUCUAAAUGAUCUCGCAUGAUUGUGAUAUGAUGGUGGCAAGAAUUUGUUAGGAUCCAGGUGAUGUAAAGAGAAACCCGGUGUGAACUGUGUUACUAGGCAUUAUCUUUUGUGCCCAUUUUAUGAAGAGAAGCCAUGGGUGCUCUUUGGCAGUGCAGUUCAAUGUGUCAGAUUGGUGCGAGUAUGCUAUUGCUUUUAUUGGAGGUAUGUCUCAUUAUCACAGCAUCUCAGGCUGAGAUGAAUGAGGAGGGUAUUGGGCCAUAACCAAGCCCAUUCAGGGAAUCUUAACAUCAUUGGGGAGGUUUCCAGCCAUAGAGAAAAAAAAAAAAUGUGAUGAGAGGAUAACAGGAAGAACAUAACUCUGUAGGAAAGGGACUCUUUGCCAUCUUAGUUCAAUAAUCAAGGGAAAGGCAAGAAAUUGAUCUAAUAAUACUCUAAGGGUGCUUGCACAUCUAAUCAGUUCAGUCUAAUCUAGGUUAGUCAAAAUUAGUCCAUUUAAAAUUUUUAGAACCCCAUUGCUCAACAUGUGAUUUCUGAUAUCCACCUCAUACAACCAUCCAUUCAGUCAAUUCAAGUGCUGGACUGAUGUUUUGCACCCUAAGUGUUUCCUGCCCUUGAAUGAGUUUGGAUGACACAUGCAAACAUGCUUUUUUCCUUAGUGACAUGAACAUUCUGGUUCAGAUAUUUUGUCUGAAUAUUUUUGAAUGAUCUCACUUGCCUUGUUCGAAUGAUCUCACUCACCUUAUUCCAGUCA